CUUGCUUUCCGUUCUGUUAACACCACAUUCAUCCAUCCGCUCACAAGCCUCAGCAUCAUAAAGAUGACUCACUCGCCUACCUCGCCUUGAUCGAAUCGGCGCCGCAACGGUAAAAUGCCAGCAGCAGUAGCAGCAGCAUCAUCGACGCCGCCCUCGGCGCGGCUCCCCUUCGAGAUCGUCGCUUCCAUCCUCACCUUCGCCAUCCUCGCCCCUCCCGACCUUCACGAGCGCGAGGACGAGCUUGAUCGCCCCCCGCGCCGCCGUCCACCAGCAUAUAGCCACCUCUUGAUCUCCUCAACCCUUCGCAAAGCCCUCGAACCCAUCUACUACUCACGCGUGACCCUCACAUCGACCAAUGCUUUAGCCUCCUUCGCCUCAACUCUCAAAUCCCGCCCAGACCUCAACCGCAAAGUCAAGUCCCUCUGGAUCGCCCCAUCCUCCCUCUCCUCCGACUUCAUCACAACCCUCAAACCUCCUUCGGACGGCAUCAAUUCCCUACCAGCGACGAUCGCCCAGCCCAUCACCCACAUCAAGGCCAUCCUGCGUGCCUGCCGCUCCCUGCGGCACCUCGCCCUCGAUGGGUGCUUGUGCACGCUCAAGGCCUCAACCCUCUUUGGGUCGAACUGCCAACCGCUCUCCGUAACCAGCAUCAAUCCCUAUUCGUUCCUUGGCGGCUUCUCCGCGCCAAUGUUCAAGAAGGUUAGAAGGCUCGAAUUGUGCGAUACGAGCUUGGCAAGUGAUGAGGUCGAGCAGGUCCGUACACUACCCGAAUUGGGCGAGUUUGUUUGGACGAGCCCAAGAGAGUAUGGAGAUGCAAAGAGAGACGUCACUGCCUUGUGGCGCAUCGUGGCUCCAGGAAGCGGGCAAUUCAGUAGGCCAAGUACGACGCUGCAGGCUGCAGUUGAGGCUGGCGGUGAAGAGGGGGAGCAGCGAGGAGAGGGGUCUUCUUCACCUCUACCUGUCAAGCCUCACGCGCCUCGUCACCUGCGUAGCGUCACGAUUCGCUCAGGACAGACGCGCUGCGCCCAGCUGGCCACAGCCCUCAAGCUCGCUAUAGCGGAUCCUGCUCUCCAGCAUCAUCAGCACCACGCAUCGACAGAUGAGCUCGCGUCGUCCCUCUCCUCCUCGCUCGCUUCUCUCUCCCUUGGUGGACGUGGUGGAGUCUCAGCGCCAUACGUCGACUCCUCUGCCCACACGACACGCAUUGAGCAUCCGGGCACGGGCGUGGAGAUGUGCACUGCACGGAUCGAGGGGGACGCUGUCGCAGGACAGGACGACGACGAUGGAGGAGGGGCCGGACUGAUUGACGAGUGGGAGGCAUUGCGAGAUAUCAUUUGUCCCGGUGGAGGAGGAGCAUCAUUGUCGUUCAGGAUUGACGAGGCGAAUAGAGGGACGGCGAGACGGAAGAGGGAGAAACUGCAAGGGCCGGCCACGUCGGACGAGGACGAGGAUGAAGGGCGAUCGGAAAGUGUCAUCGACCCUGGGAUGGCGCUCCGGCGACUAUGGGUCGAAUGGUGCACUAGAGUUGAAGACGGGUCGCUGGAGGUGGAGCUGGGCUCGCGACGAUGAGGCGAUGCGAGAGGCGAAGAGAGAGGGAGCAGAUACGCAGAUCGAGACUCAUUGCAGCGCAAACGCCCAAUACCAUCAUUGUUGCCCGUCCAUUUUUUAAUUCUGUUCUCGCCAAAGCCAAAAGGCAUUUGCGUGAGCCGUGGGUGGACAGGGUGUCCCGGUCAGGCUCAACAUAACUUUAAGCAACUAGUUGUGAG